AUGCCUCUCAGUAGACGUAAGAAAACCCAGCGGGCCCAAGGUGAUGACACCAAGGUUCUCAGGGAUACUCAGGCCAUGGAAACAGCAAGAGAAGAAUUCAGCUUUUCCACUCCUUCGGUUAGUUGCACUACCGAGAGAAAGCCUGGUUCUACAUCACCCCAGGGGCCUCAGAGUGCCCCACCCCACCCCAGUACUUCUCUAGAUACUUCCGGCACAAGAGCGUAUGAAGGUGGCAAUAACAAAGAUGCGAAAAAGCAAAAUUCCUCCCAGUACAAGCCCUCUACUAUGCAGUCCUACAGAAGUCCUUUAACCAAGGAGGUUAGUAUGUUGGUGGACUUCCUAUUGCAAAUGCAUAAAAUGAAAAAGACCAUUAAGAAGAAAGCCAUGCUGAAGCUUAUCAGCAUAAAGUACAAGCCCCGCUUCCUUGAGAUCCUCCAGAGAGCGGCUUUCAACAUCGAGGUGGUCUUCGGCACUGACGUCAAGGAAGUGGAUUCUACAAAGCAGUGUUAUGCCCUUGUCAGCAAAAUGAAUCUCCCCAACAAUGGGAUGCUGAGUAGAAAGGGUUUUCCCAAAACUGGUCUCCUGAUGACUGUCCUGGGUGUGAUCUGCAUGAAAGGCAACUGUGCCAGGGAGGAGAAGAUCUGGGAAUUCCUGAAUAAGAUGAGAAUUUAUGCAGGAAAGAGGCACUUCAUCUAUGGGGAACCCAGGAAACUCAUCACCCAAGAUUUUGUAAAGCUGAAGUACCUGGAAUACCGGCUGGUACCCAACAGCGAUCCUGUAAGCUAUGAAUUCCUGUGGGGCCCCAGAGCCAUCGCUGAAACAACCAAGAUGAAGGUCCUGGAAUAUUUGGCCAAGAUCAACAAUACUGACCCCAGUGCCUUUGCAUCCUGGUAUGAAGAGGCUUUGAGAGAUGAAGAAGAGAGAAGCAGAGAUAUAGUCAGAGAUCAGGUGCAGCCUACUACUGCCACUGCCAGCGCAGAGUCAAAGCCAGCAACUCCUCCCUUGUGUACUGAACUGUGA